AAUCAAAGUACACUGAUACCACAUUUUACACAAAACGUCACCUGGUUUUGCUUUUGUUCCACAUCCCCACCUCGCAAGUUACCACUCUCACUUUUUCUCACUUCCCGUCACCACUGCCACUAUCCCUACCGUCGGCCACCUGCAGCACCGCCAAACACCGGAUAUUCCACCUCAACAACCCGACCAUCAAUCCUCUAAUAAUUUCCCCUCUUUACUGCUUUUUCUUACUUUCUCAAACCCCAUGCAUGCGACAAAUCCAAUUGGGAGUUUUUGAGUGCAAAGGAUUGGCUUCAAAUUGGAGAUUGCAAGUCAUUGAAGGAGCCAUUUUAAGACUUCUUUGGUCUUCUAUUUGCAUUGAUCAUCAUCAUAUAAAAUACAAAGGUGUAACAGCUUCAUAUGAUCAGCAAGAUGUCAAUAGCUAGUCCUGUUAAGAAAUUAGUUUCCUCUGUGAUACUUGAUUUGGAUGGCACACUUCUUAAUACAGAUGGAGUAAUAACUGAUGUCAUGAAGAGUUUCUUGGUUAAGUAUGGAAAGCUGUGGGAUGGGAGAGAGACUCUUAGGAUAGUUGGAAAGACCCCCUUGGAAGCAUCUGCUGCUGUUGUAGAAGCUUAUGAACUGCCUUGCACGGCAGAGGAAUUUGUAAAAGAAUUCACCCCAAUGUUCUCUGAUCACUUGAACAACAUCAAACCUCUUCCAGGGGCCAACCGGUUGAUUAAUCAUUUGCAUGGUCAUGGAAUACCAAUCGCCUUGGCCUCAAACUCUCCAAGACCUUUCAUUGAGAAGAAAUUAUCCUAUCAUCAGGGCUGGAAAGAUUCAUUUUCUGUUGUAAUUGGUGGAGAUGAGGUUAAGGCUGGAAAGCCAUCUCCUGAUUUGUUCCUUGAAGCAGCCAAAAGGCUGAACGUCCAACCUUCCAGUUGCCUCGUGAUUGAAGAUUCUAUACCCGGUGUUACUGCGGGCAAGGCUGCUGGAAUGAAAGUGAUUGCUGUACCGUCACUGCCAAAACAAUCGCAUCUCUACACAAUGGCGGAUGAAGUCAUUAAUUCUCUUUUUGAUUUACGUCCAGAGCAAUGGAGCUUGCCUCCAUUUGAAGAUUGGAUUGAUGGAACUCUUCCUAUAGAACCUUGGAACAUUGGUGGUCCUGUCAUUAAGGGAUUUGGCCGUGGGUCAAAGGUUCUUGGCAUCCCUACAGCUAAUUUGUCCACUGACAGCUACUCAAGUCUUCUCUCUGAAUAUCCAUCUGGUGUAUACUUUGGUUGGGCGGGAGUUUCCAAACGAGGAAUUUACAAGAUGGUUAUGAGCAUUGGCUGGAAUCCUUACUUCAAUAAUCCAGAAAAGACAAUAGAACCUUGGCUGCUUCAUGAGUUUGAAGAUGACUUUUAUGGAGAAGAAUUACGUCUCGUUGUUGUUGGUUAUAUACGACCUGAGGCCAAUUUUCCUUCUUUGGAAAGUCUUAUUGCAAAAAUUCACGAGGAUGGGAGAAUAGCAGAGAGCGCUCUUGAUCUUCCCGGUUACUCAAAAUACAAAGAUGACCCUUAUUUUAAAUAGCUUGUUGAAAACCACUUGCAGUAGCCACUCAUAACUCCGCUUGGAGAGGCGUGAGGGAGUAGGUAAAGGUUACUCUAUGAAAGCCCAUCAGCCAUGUCCCUGCAUGAUUUCGACUUCGACUGUAACCUGCAACACUGGCUACUCACAUGGAGUUGACAAAGGAGGCAUCAACAUACAUGGACAAACUCGCAGUUUACAGUGGAGUUUUGGCAACUGGGCAUUGGUUGCUUACUUUGUUACUGGGUUUGGCAUUGAGGCAACAAAUUCUAGGGCCAAGUUUUUUGCUUUGAGAAUAAGAGUAUGGGGAUCUUGGCUUGAGACUUUGUUAAAGAUCAGUUCAUCCCUUUCAUCCUUUGUUUUCAGAUUCCAAAACACAAAAAAGGAAAAAAGAUUUUCCAUGCUAGACCUACUAUUUUCUCUUGACUUUGCAUAUUGACUUUAACCCACAACUUAGUGUUCCCUUGCAUUAGAGUUUAGACCAGGAGCAAGCUGAAAAAUGUCCCACACCUCCCUGGCUACCUGGCAGUCACGAAUAACAUGUAGAGAAUCUUCGAUUUGGUCACAUAUAAAUUUAUUUAUAUAUGCAGUUUGAGAAUAAUACGAAUUAUGAAUUUUAUUAUA